AUGUGGAUCCGUGCUGCCAUAAACCGCAGGGCACGGUUUAUCCAGCUUAGUCAUCAUCCAAGGGAUGAUGCCUUCUCUGAUCUUGAGCACGUGCCGUUCAUCUCCUGCCACCUGAAACACCUGCACCUGUCUGGCACAAUGUUGCGAGACAAGACACUAAUGCAGCUCUCUUCUCAGUGUCCUUCUUUGGAAGUCCUGGAACUCAAGGAGUGCUUCCUGUAUGCCCCCCAGAUAUCAUCUGCCUCACUUAUUAGUUUGACCAUGGUUGAGUGCAGGAUCAUGGCUGACCUGUCCAUCGCUGCUCCAAGCCUUGUAUCACUGUGCUGUGUCAUACCAUACCACCGUGCUCCGUCGUUUGAAAACCUGGGGUCGCUGGCUACCGGCACCAUCAUGUUAAAUGACUCUUUCUUGCAUGAUAAGUUUGAAUACAAGUACAAAGAUCGCGAUGAAGAUGCAUUUGAAUGUGAUAGCGGCGACGACAGUGACUCUGAUGAUGACCACUGUGAUAGUGAUACUGAUACCGACUUGAGAACUUCUGACAUAUUGGAUGGUGCUAAAGUUUUAGGUGGCCAAAAUGUUAUCCGCAGCCUUUCAAAUGCUACAAGUUUAGACCUGAUAGCUGAUGCCGGAGAGUUGAUUCUGAAUAGGGAAUUGGAAAUAUGCCAAAUUUUUAGCAACCUGAAGGUGUUAACCCUUGGUGAAUGGUGUAUGGCUGCCGACUUCUAUCCGUUAGUUUCAUUCUUGCAGCAUGCUCCAAAUCUGGAGUCUCUUUUUCUUAAACUUAAAACGGAUCAUGAGGAAAUAGAAGACAAUAUCAGACUGGAGGGUAUAUCAUUUGCUUGCAAGAACCUUACAAUGGUCAAGAUAAAAUGUCCCAAGGAUGACGAAAGAGUUCCUGUGUUAACACAAAUGUUCAUGGCUAAUGGCAUACCCAUCGAAAAGAUAGAUGUCUGUCACCGUCAGACUCGCAAAACUUGUCAUCAAUCCUUGGCCCUAAGGCGUGGAUAUGCUGCUUUGUAG